GGGUGGAGAAACGCUCUGGCGCGAAUGUCUGUGACGCCAUCUAGGCGCGACUCUUCAUUUUCCCGGAGUUUUCUGGCUGCUCUGCCGGAGCUAUGCCGAAAGUCGUGUCGCGGUCCGUGGUCUGCUCAGACACCCGGGACCGCGAGGAAUAUGAUGAUGGCGAGAAGCCCCUCCAUGUCUACUACUGUUUAUGCGGCCAGAUGGUCCUGGUGCUGGAUUGCCAGUUAGAGAAACUGCCCAUGAGGCCUCGGGACCGGUCUCGUGUGAUCGAUGCUGCGAAACAUGCUCAUAAAUUUUGUAACACAGAAGAUGAAGAGACUACUUAUCUUCGGAGGCCUGAGGGCAUUGAACGUCAAUACAGGAAGAAAUGUGCAAAGUGUGGACUGCCGCUCUUCUACCAGUCCCAGCCGAAGAAUGCUCCUGUGACCUUCAUUGUGGAUGGAGCAGUAGUGAAAUUUGGCCAAGGCUUUGGGAAAACCAAUAUAUAUACUCAGAAACAAGAGCCUCCUAAGAAGGUUAUGAUGACCAAAAGGACUAAAGACAUGGGCAAAUUCAGCUCUGUUACAGUAUCUACCAUUGAUGAAGAAGAAGAAGAGAUAGAGGCUAGGGAAGUUGCUGACUCCUAUGCACAGAACGCCAAAGUGAUUGAGAAGCAGCUGGAGCGCAAAGGCAUGAGCAAGAGGCGGCUGCAAGAGUUGGCUGAAUUGGAAGCCAAGAAAGCAAAAAUGAAGGGGACCCUGAUCGACAACCAGUUCAAAUAAUCAGGAUCUUUCUGAGUUCAGACUGGAACACUUAGAACACUUAGAUCAGGAAGAAUAGCUUCAAGAUCUCAUGGUCUGGUUUCUGUUUGUCCCAGGAGGAUUUUCUGACCAUCCCUUUGGUUUCUGACACUGUUUUUCUGUUCUUUCAUUGAAGUCAUUGACUCCAUUUCACUUGCUUCCUAGAAGGUAGAUUGUUUGUAAAAUCUCUGUAUAUAUGUUUUCUAUCUUUCUUGUCUUUGAUCAAGGUCAGGUCUUGUUACAUACCAAAGGAUGGCCUUGAACUUGUGAGUCUCCUGUCUUAGCCUCUCUAGUGCUGAAGUUACAGGACUGCACCACCACACUUGGCUUCUGUAGCAGCCCUCUUUUCUUUUGAAGUACACUUCUUUUGUGAUGUAGUUAGAGCUGGUAAGUGUUUGACUGUUUCUAAUGUCUGAGGUAGAUGUUUUUUCUUCUUCAAAGUUAUUGCAGUGUUUAAAGAUUUGUUUCUUAAUAUGGUAUGGAAGGAAAGUGUCAAAAAUUAAGUUUAAAAUUACAGCCAGGUGGAUCCUUUAAAGAAACACUGUCUAUAAUCUUUUGACUGUUCUUAGAAGUGACUAUGGUUUGAAUCUUUCUCCUAUCAGUAGAAAUCAGUUAGAAACCAUAUCUGCAGAAAUAUUUCUUUACUCAAAAUAUUAGAAUUAUAGGUGAAUCAUGCUAUGUCAGACUUAAGAAUAAAAGAAGAAAAAGCCAUGUGGCGGCUGGGGGUGUGGCUCAGUAGUGGAAUGCAUGCUAGGCAUGCGUGAGGACAUCCCCAGCACCAAAAAAAAAAAAAAAAAAAAAAAAAAAGGAAAGCCAGAUCACAGAUGCAGGGCUAGGAUAGCUCAGGUCUGAUUUAAAUAUGGCCUUGUUAAGUAACCCAAAGGAGUUAGUCAGUCAACUGGGAGAAUACUCUGUGAGUACACAGAAAGGGCGAUAGCGAGAGUAGCUUAUUCUGUUAGGCAUCUUGUUUUAUAGUUGCUAUUUGCAGAAGAGCAUUUUAAAUUUUGUCACUCUCCUUCAAUUAUGUCAAUAUCCAUGUGAUUCUUCCAUAUUCUCUGUUUGCCUGUCUUGCAAGGCCCAAGGAGACAUGGAAUGUGUUGUCCUCCUCAUGUUAUCUGUGAUGGAUUAUACUUUUUAAACACUCAAGGCUUGUUGUUGAGGAGUUGCCAGGAAAUAGUUGUCUUUGCCCUUUUUUCUGAUUUCUGGGUUUGCAGGGGAAAGCCGGAACAUUUGUGAAUGGUCAAAUAUGUCCAAACAAUGGCCUCUACUUUUACACCACUUUAUCCCCAAAUUCUUAAGUGUACAGCUUGGAUAUACCUAGACCAUCUUAGAAAUUCAGGCUUCUAUUCUCUGGCCACAGCCUCCAGCUGUUUCUAGUCUCACGUGCUCCCAUCCUUGUAGACCUUUUUAGGUGUGAUUUUCGAUUUGAGGGAUGAUUAUUUUGCUAGUAAUAAUGAAACACUUGUAGUAAUCCCAACAUUAAUACUCAUUCAUCUCCAUUGAGUACUUGGUUCUAGAAAGCACUUUAGAGGUAUGAGUUAACUCAAUACCUCCUAGGAGAUAAGUUAACUGUUGCCAUCACUGUUUUACAAACGAGUACUCUGAAGCUCGGAAUCUUCCUUUCCCAAGAUCCACUAGCCAGUAAUUAAUUGGUAAAGCCAGAGAAGGACUUUAAAACUGGAGCUCUUUCCUAUGCUGAAUGGCUGCUCCUGUGGAAUCUUGUAUCAUUCAAUCAGAACAUAAUUUCAUUUUGAAAAAAAAAAACACUGAAAUGCAAUGUGAAAAUUUUCAGCUAGAGAACUCCCUAAAGCAAUUCUGUAGUUAUACUUCUACAUAGUUUCUGAAAUAACUCUCUCUUGGGUAAAUUCUAACCAUUUGAACAUCUGGCUCAAGUUACACAUUUUGCUGCUUCUAAAGAUAAUGGAAUAUUAUGUCAUUAAUACCAAGUAAGUGUAUACUUUUCAUUAUAUUUUACUCUUUCUAUUGGAAGUUAUCAAAACAAGAUGUACUUUCUCUAUUAACUUCCAGUGAUUUUUUUUUAAUAGCAAAUGUGUUUUAAUGUUAAUAAAAGGAGCCAUAUUGACAUUUGGAGA